GCUUCCUGCGAGGAAUCCGUUUAGUGCGGUUAUGCAGACAAGUGACGUUACUCGACAUCGAACAACCGUCCACCGAGUUUGUUUCGCGUAGUGUUGAAUAAUAAGGAAGAGAAGAGAAGAGCUGAAGGGAAACUGUUGCGUAAGACGUCACUGAGUGACAGUGUUGUGAUGAUGGCGGGAAGUUUGCAGCUGUGUUUCUUUCAUCUUGUGUUGCUUUGCUCAAUCUCGUCGUUUGGAGCGAUUUCGUUAGACACGCCGGUAGCUAGAUGUUCCAUGCAUGUCGGUAAGUGUGCGUUGUGCGACGUGGACGUUUCGUCUUCUCUGGAAAGGCUGAAAACGAAGCCUCGCCAUUUGAUGGGCGUAAUUGACGUGGGCUCUGUUUUGGCGACCGUCGCUCGUCGAGGCGGCGUGGUGUGGACUAGGUAUGAAGCUCGUGUUGUAGGAAAUCGGAGCUGCUUGUAUGUCUCGCCGUCUAAUGGCCGUUUGCGGGCAACUAGCGGGACAGUCGUCUCGCGUGUGCGAGUUUGGUGGGCAUGUCGGAGUGUGCGAGACGCAGCUUUGCGGCUACAACUAACAGAUGAAACGACGGGGGAGACGAGUUGUUUUCUGUUGCAAGGGCAACUUCGGACAGGCAAAGCGCAGGAGGCGGGAGGAAAGACAUUGAAGCGGGUGGCGGCAAGUGAGCGUGUGAGGACAAUUGAGUUGCCUAGUAACUGGAUGAAGGAGUCGGGUCUGAGAAAUGGUGGAUUGUCGAGCGAAGAACGGCGCAAUGGUGAGGGCGGGGAGAAACUCGACACCACGUUCUCUGAUUCUGGAACUUCAGUAAGUAAAUGGUUGUGGUUAGAAAGAGAAAUAGAAAUGCGGAGAUACCAACAAAACAGAAAGGUUUCACAUACCAGUUGGGACAAGCCGCUAUGGGAGACCAAGAGAAACAGACGCAGCGGCAACGCGCAUCAACCUCAAUUCAGAAAAACGAGCUUUGCUUUCAGCAUAGCGGAAAAUAUGGAUCCACAUUCUUUGGUGGGCGUUGUCACUGCUACUGAUGCCGACGUUGGUCUUGCUGGAGAGGUUACCUACUCUAUGAAUCCCGUCCAGGAUACUAGAAGUGGGACAAUGUUCAAAAUAAAUUCCCAGACAGGACGAAUUGUGACAGCUCAAGCUUUGGAUAGAGAAGUGCUGCCCAGGCAUGAGUUUACAUUAAUUGCUAGAGACAAAGGAUCUCCAGUUCUAGAAGACACUGCAACACUUGUUAUUACUGUUCUUGAUGAGAAUGAUAACUCUCCAGUCUUUGAGAAGUUGUCUUAUCAGGCGAGCAUUUUCGAAAACAUUAGAAUUGGAAAGUUGGCAAAGACAGUUUAUGCAACUGAUGACGACUAUCAAUCCAAUGGAACAGUAACGUAUUCUUUAUCAAGUGCAGGGAAUUAUGAUGCUACAUUUGCUGUUCAUUCCUCAUCAGGAGACAUCACUAAUGUAAAGAGUUUGGAUCGAGAACACAGAGACAAAUAUCCAUUAACUGUAAUUGCAUCUGAUGGAGGUCCAAUACCUCGAUCAGCAGCAGUUGCUGUUACUAUAACUAUUCUUGAUGUCAAUGACUCACCUCCAAAGUUUGAUAAAAAUUUAUUCAAACGGAAUGUCAGUGAAGACACUGCUGUUCAAACAGUUGUUUUGACUGUGACUGCUACUAGCGAUGAUCUUGGCAGCAACAGCCACGUUUCAUAUUCGAUAGUUAGUGGAAACUCUGAUGGACGGCUGUCUAUUGACUCAACAUCUGGAGACAUAUUUGCGUCCAAAGAGUUAGACUAUGAAAAGAAGAAAUUUUAUAGACUUGUGAUUCAAGCGCAGGAUAGUGGCAUUCCUCCCCUUACAUCAAGUACAACAGUUGACAUUCAACUUGAGAAUGUAAAUGACAACAGUCCAAGGUUCCCAUCCGAAACAACAUAUGUUUCAAUUUCUGAAAACACAGGCAAGCAUGUAUACAUUACAUCUGUUGCAGCUGUUGACAAUGAUGAAGGAUCAUUUGGAAAAGUGUCUUAUCGAAUCACAUCUUCUCGAGUUUUGGAUACAUUUACAAUCGGCAGUACAACAGGAAAAAUAAAAACAUUGAAGGAGUUGGAUUAUGAGAGCCACACAUCGUAUGAAAUUGAAGUUUUAGCUGAAGAUGGUGGAAGUCCUCCACAAACAGGGAAGAUCACUGUUGUUGUAACCCUCACUGAUGUCAAUGAUGAGUUUCCACAAUUUACCAAAAAAGAGUAUCGGAAAUCGGUCUUAGAAUCAGCACAGAUUGGCACAACAGUUCUUGAUGUAUCUGCCACAGACAAAGAUUUCCCACCUGGUGGACAUCUAAGGUAUUCAAUCACAGCGGGAGAUGCAGGAAUUCCAUUUUCCAUUGCAGAAUUUACUGGUCGCAUUGUUGUUGCUAGUAGUAUUGACCAUGAAUUGCAGGAUGUGUAUAAUUUUGUUGUCAUGGCAACUGAUGGUGAGCUGUCCAAUACAACAGCAGUGCAAGUAAGAGUCACUGAUGAAAAUGAUUCGCCUCCUAUCUUCAAAGGAAUACCAUAUAAAACAAAUAUUGCAGAAAAUGUAGAUAUUGGAACUCCCGUUUUUAUGGUGGUAGCUGUUGACGAUGAUCAAGGAACAAACAGUGAAAUAACAUUUAGUUUAGAGCAGAAGGGUAACAUGUUUGCUAUUGAUCCAUCAAGUGGUAAAGUGACAACAGCUACAACUGUCGAUUAUGAGUCAAUAACAUUUAUGCGACUUAUAGUUGUUGCUGUUGACGGUGGUAAUCCUUCCCAUACUGUUAGAACUCAUUUGGACGUCCAUGUGUUGAAUGAAAAUGAUAACUCUCCUGUCUUUUCGGACGAGCAAAUUCACACUCGAGGAAGGGUGAAAGAAAACGUUGACCCAAACACGAUGGUAUUGACAGUAUCAGCCACCGAUGAAGACGAAAAGAGUGCACAGUCACACUUGACAUAUUCAUUUGCUGAGAAUACAACUGCCUUUCAUAUAUCUGCAGCAUCUGGUGUGAUUCGUACAUCAAAACAGCUUGAUCGGGAAUUGAUUCCAGAGUAUCAUAUUCGUGUCCAAGCUAUUGAUUCAGGUGAUCCACCUAGAACUGGAGAGACUACUAUUGUGAUUGAAGUUCUUGAUGUCAGUGAUAAUCCACCAGAAUUUCAGAAUCUGCCAUAUUCAGCAAAGAUCUACGAAAGUGCAAGUUCUGGAUCUAAUGUGAUUCAAGUGAUGGCACGAAGCAGAGAUUCGUCAGUGAGUGAUAUGGACAUAAGAUACAGCAUUCAGGCAGGAGAUGAGCUGGGAACAUUUGAGAUAAAUCCUAAGACGGGCUAUAUCACUCUUGCUAAUUAUGUGGACGCUGAGGUAACCAGAGAGUUUACGUUGAAAGUACAAGCGACUGCAGGAUUUCACUUUGCAAAUGCCAUUGUACAUGUUACAGUUCUUGAUUUGAAUGAUAAUCCUCCAUCAAUUGAACCUCUUUAUAUACAUGUCAACAUUUUGGAAGGCACUUUUCAUGAUCAACAAGUUGGUCAUGUGAGGGCCACUGACCCAGACUCGACGUCAAUCUUAAUUCAGGGGUUAGUUGAGAAGCUGCCUUCUCCUUUCCUCCAGUUUAACAACAGAACAGGAGGCAUAACAGUGAUGGCAGGAAUCAGCGAGGGAGCGUAUGUGCUAAAUACAAGUGUUUCAGAUGGAGUAACAACUGUGUCGGGUGUCACACACGUUAUCGUUCGAAAGACGUCCAAUAAAACUGUUGCUGACACUGUAAUUCUUCGGGUUGUUGAAACAAUGCUUGAACCUCUGGUCAGACUCCAGUACGCUCAGAUUCUUAAAGCUAUUGCUAAAUACAUCCAAACAUCCGAAGAAAUGGUCAAUAUAUAUAGUAUCCAGUAUUCUACUGAUUUUGAAAAUGCAAUUGACAUUCUGUUUGCUGUUAGAACGACUGACUUUGAUUUCUUGCCUCGUUCAGUUCUUAUUUCUCACCUUGAUCGAUACAUGGGAGACAUCGAAAAUGAUGCUGGCAUUAAACUGGACGAUAUUAAUGUUGAUCUAUGUUUGCGAGAACCAUGUCAGAACUUUCAGGAUUGCUCUAGUGACCUCACAAUAGGAAGUAGUCUCGAUACCGUCAGUGCAACAUCAACUAUAUUUCAUUCAAUUCAUCACUCACUGUCUUUCAGUUGCUACUGUCCAAGUGGCUACAUUCAUACAUGGACUCCACAUGGAUGUGUUGAACAGUUAAAUGACUGUAUGUCAAACCCAUGUUUAAAUAGUGGCAGCUGUAUUGAUUUAGUUAAUGGAUUUCAAUGUCUGUGUAUGAAUGGCACUGCAGGAGAUCGAUGUCAGAUCAUUUGUCCUUCAUCAUCAUGUGAUUUGUGUAACUCAAAUCCUUGUCUCAAUGGAGGAACAUGCAGUAUGAAAAUGGGAAUUACCUUUGAGUGUUUGUGUUUGCCUGGGUUUGAUGGACCAAAUUGCGAGCAAACGUCUGCACAUUUUCAGUAUGGCUCACGACUUGCAUUUCCAUCAUUGACGUCUCGGUGGCAUCUUGUAAUGUCAUUUGAGUUUGCCACUGUGGAGAGGAAUGGGCUGUUGCUGUACAAUGGGAGAUAUGGUGCACAGUACGAUUUUAUUGCUGUUGAAAUAGUGAACGGCCGCUUGGUCGGGCGUGUCUGUUUUGGGAGCAACACAGCAGUAGUCACAGUUCAGAGUCAGUUGCCUUUGGCUGAUGGAGAGUGGCACACAGUAAUUGUUUCACUCCAAAACCAGGAGCUGACGGUAGCAGUGGAAAACUGUGUAGAACGUGCUACAGGUUCUGAUUUGCCCACCAUUGCAUCUUUCAAUCCAGUUUGCUCUGCAUCAGGUCGUCUUGGUGGUCCCACGCGCUCUCUUGACCUUGAUAGUGCACUUUAUUUUGGAGGAAUUGAACAGCUAGACUUUGCCUACCUCACAACUAGUACACAAUUCUCUGGCUGUAUGAGAAAUAUCAAAAUCAAUGACAAAUUACUUGACUUAUCCAGUGCCACUCAGAAUGUUGGAGUGACAAGUGGAUGUUCACCCACUGAUUUGUCAUGCUCCACAAAUCCAUGUCAGAACUCAGGUACAUGCCAGGACAUUUGGAAUGGUUUCUACUGCUCGUGUUUGUCAGGGUAUGGUGGGCAACAUUGUCAGACACCAUCGGCUUCAUCUAAACUGGCAGGCAAUGGAUACAUUCAUUAUCAUCUGGAACGAGAAGUAUUUCUGUUCCAGUUUGGUAUUAGUUUUCGUACGAGACAACCAAGUUCCACUUUGUUUGAAACAAAACGAAGUCUACUUCGAUUACAAGAUGGCUACCUGCACUUGACAUUCAAUGUCAGCUCUGCGAUGCAUUCAUUGGUUCUUCAUAAUGGCACUGCUCUGAAUGAUGGGCUGUGGCAUAGCGUGACAGUCACAAUACAAUCAGGGACAACACUGAACUUGGACUUUGGUCGGUAUGUAGUGACCGUGCCUAGUGUUGCCACGUCAUCUACAAACAAUUUAUAUGUGGGGGGACGGCAUAUUCACCCCAAAACGGUUGUAGACAACUUUGCGGGUUGCAUUCGAGAGAUCACAAUUAAUAACCAGCUUUUGUCGACAUCAGCAGGCCAAUCUACUAUUUCAAACAAUGGUCUUAUAGUUGGUGUAACUGUAACUCAAACUCAUGUAUCCACUGGCUGCACAAGUGCCAGUGUGUGUAGUUCUAGUUCUUGUCCAUCCAACAGUCAGUGUAUUGAUCAAUGGGAGCUGCAUUCGUGCAAAUGUGACUCUGGCUAUCUUGGAAGAUCUUGUGUUUCUCCUUGUGAAUCUAGACCGUGUAUGAACAAUGGGCAGUGUAUUGUCAACAACCAAGCUAAGAUGGGACUUACUUGCCAGUGCACAUUCCCACACACUGGAACAUACUGCGAAAGCCAUCUUCCAAAUCAAUGUCCAUUGGGAUUUUAUGGCUACCCAUCGUGCCAUCCUUGUUUGUGCAAUCGUGAUGGAUCAUUGGAUGCUGUGUGUGACCAGACAACAGGAAAAUGUCUUUGCAAGGAAGGGACCUAUUCUUCUGAGGGUGACUUGAAGUGUCAGUUGUGUGGAUGUCAUGCAGUUGGUAGUAUAGGCUCCUCAUGCAAUGCAAGUGGGCAGUGUGUAUGUCGACAGUUUGUUACGGGAACAAAGUGUGAUCGAUGUCUUCCUGGCUAUCAUGGUCUUGACAACAGUGGCUGUCAUAAGGCGAUUUCCAUCAGUGGCUUCUUUGUGUUAUCGGAUUCCAGUUUCUGGUCGUUUCUUACUGAUAACACAACAAAAGAACACAAGCUUCUGUCAAUGCAAAUCAAGCAAGAUGUAGAGAAAGUACUUGCUGGUCUUCAUGGAGUUCACACAGCAUCGAUAUCUGAAUUCAAACAAUCAGAGGGACGUGUAGUCCUGGUUAUGUUUACUGUUACAAGCUCGGGCAGUCAUAAUCAGUUGUCACCAACAGUAAAUGAAGUCGUCUCUGUUCUGAGUACAGCAAUAGCUGAAGGAAAGAUUGAGCAACAUGCAGCAAUGGAUUUACGGAUUGCAGCUUCUUGUGCUGAUAAACCUUGCUAUCCUGAUGUCAAAUGUACUGAUGUGCAUGGUGGCUCUAAUCGGAAGUUUCAAUGUGGCGUAUGUCCUGAAGGAUUUACGGGUGACGGGAUCACAUGCAUUGCAACACAUCUAUUGUGUCCAACCGACGAAGGAGAUGGCACUGCUACUGUUGAUACUGACCAUGAUGCUGUUCCUGAUGACUGUGAUAACUGUCAAUAUGAAUUCAAUCCAUUACAGACAGACUCUGAUGGUGAUCUAGUAGGAGACGCUUGUCAAUUUUCAAGUGCUGUUUGCCAACCAGUCGUCACUAAUUUAGUUUACUGGCCUGAAACCAGCUCAGGAAAGACAGCUCAAGUACCAUGUCCACAGGGACAACAAGGUAUGGCGUCUCGGAAUUGCAAUAAAGGCACAUGGGAGUCACCUGUCUUUCUCAACUGCAUGUCCGAUUUGGCUCUAAAGCUCCAGCAGCAGAAAAAUGAACUUGAACAAGGCAGAGUUUUGCAGCUGUCUGAAGCAGAGAAAUUGGUAGUUCUCUUGAGAGAUGUCGGGCAGCAGGUUGCUCAGAGUGAAGAAGAAAAUAGAGAUGCUGCUGUUGCAAUCGAAAUGCUCACCAAGCUUAUAGACUAUGUUACUGCUUUGGCUCAACACGAUGCAUCUCUUACUGUCCUUGGAGAGACUGUUCCACUGGUGCUACUUGAGUCAACAAGCCAUCUUCUCACUUCUGGUAUUUCACAAUGGCAAAGGUUGAACAAAAAUGGCUUGUUUGAUGGUGCUGCAGCACUGAUGAAGUCGUUAGAAGGGAUGUCAACAGCUAUGGCAGCUAGUGAUAUCAUCCGAAAGUCGGCUGGCUCACAGAAAACAUGGAUAAAGGACAAUCUAGUGAUGCAUCUCUCAUUCAUUGCCAAUCGUCCGGAUGGUUCCGUUGCUUUCCCACCCAACUCAGCAAUCGUUCCUAGCGAUUCUAAUGGUUUCACACCAGUCACAGUCAACAUUCCAGCCGAAAUAUUUACUGAUACAGAUUCGGCUGCUGUUGGAGUUACCUCAUAUAACAAUUUAGUUGAGUUCUUACCACGAGCAUUUGGAGACUCUGUGAACAAGACUGAUGUGUCAUGGAAUAUAAACUCAAAAAUCGUAUCCGUUGCCAUUAGAUCCAAUGGGGUUAAUACGAGUGCAUUGACCAGCCCGGUGACAUUGACGUUCUCUCACCAGCAGGCUGUCAACCGAUCUACAGCACUUUGUGCAUUUUGGAACUUCUCUGGAAUAGGAAGUGUUGAGGGAGAAUGGUCAUCGUCUGGAUGUUUUCUUGUCAGAAGUAAUACAACACAUACAGUCUGCCAGUGCAACCACCUCAGCAACUUCGCUGUCCUAAUGUCUGGCGGUCGCAUUGAACUGGAAGUGUACGUUGUUGCGAGUGCAGCCAUAUGUGUCACUCUCGCUACUCUCAUAUUCUUCCUCAUUCUCAUCAUAAAAUUAUGCCACGAACGUGUGUUUGUCAUCGUCAACUUUCUCAUCUCUCUUAUCGCAUCCGAGACUCUAUUUGUAGUCGGAAUUGGUCAGGAUGAUGAGGCAACAUGCAAAGCGAUGUCAAUCCUGAUGCACUAUUUCUUCACCGCCGUGUUCACAUGGCUAAUUGUCGACCUCUACAGUCUUCACCACAUGAGUGGGCAUCGUCAUGGCGACAGGUCAAGAAUCCCAUUGUAUUGCGCAGUUGGAUGGGGAAUCCCCUUGUUGAUCGUGAGUUUUUGCGGUGGCAUCCGAUUCGAUGGUUAUUCAACUGACUUUUAUUGUUGGCUGGAUGUGAACGACAUCAUUCUGUGGGGAUUCGGUGGCCCAAUGUUUGUGACUGUCGCUGUUAUUGUUAUUAUGUACUUUGUGACUAUCGAUACAAUCAUCAAGAGUAAAAAGAAGGAUCGCAACAAGGACAUCAUCUCGUUGGCAAUAAUCGUUCUGAGGUUCUAUGUUGUGAUGAUACCACUGAUUGUGCUAACGUUUACGUUUGGCUAUCUUUUCCUACAUGAGAACGGUCAGUCAUGGGCGACGGGAUUUGGUACAGCUAACCUCCUUAUGGGGAUUGUUGUGUGUGUUUCCUGUGUGGUGCAAGUUCUCAAGCUUGCACACAAACUGGGAACAGCGUGGAAUUCGGCAUCAUACGAAAUACCAGCUGCAACUCCCUCGAAAUCGAUUCUGUCUGGAGGUAGCUCUCACCGAGAAGUUCGACCGAUGAGAUCCGUUUCGUUUCCCGAGAGUCAAAGGAGAUGCACCAACUUUGCAGCCACCAACUCACUGAGGGAUGACGAGUGGAGUAACGUCAUGCCAACGAUUGAUGAGUACAUUGAUUCGCGUGCAAGAUUUGACGAGAACUCGUUUGAUUGUGAUUUGGCAUCCGAUUCACCAUCCAAUUAUGCCUCUCUCGGUCGUGUAUAUCGAGCACAAGGUGAUGGAGCAGACAGUGAUGUUGUUCCCAAACCAUUUAUCGAGACGUCGUCCAGUGAAGCUCAGAAGUCGGCGUCUAGAGAUCAACGACCACCGACAUUCGAUAAAUCUCUCACUGAAGGAAAGGCUUGGUAUGAAGACGAAGAAGACGGUUAUGAAGAAGUGCCUAUUGGAGGAUACAGACAUGGACGACCAGAAGGACUCUCACCGCCUGUUGACGCCACUAAUGACAGCGAGAGUAUAAAGGGUAGACUAGGAAAUCAACGUAUGGAGUUUGCAGCCGAUCAACACGUGCAGCAAUCCGUACCACGUUCGUUGCCUGCAGAAAGAAAGCAGUUGGAUGACUCGAGUUCGGAAAGUUCGUCGGAUAUUGACGAGAAGCCGAUACCCGAGUACAAGACGGACCGCAGUAGAGACAGACUCCAUAAACGGCAUGGCCAUUCGCAUACCCGUCAUUACCAUCGUUCGUCUGGUCGUAGGCACCGCCAUCAUAAUCAUCGUGGCAAUAGAUCGGCGCCGAACGACGGGAUGAGAGUGCGACGAUACGCUCGGCCACAAUUCAACAGUACACCAACGAAUGAGAAUCCUGAUGGAAUGGCUGGUAAUCCGAUGCACAGCAGCGUAUCGUCACUGCAUUCGGAGGGAAAUGGAUCAACAUCGUCUGCUGUCAGAAACAUUUUACAAAGGUCUCUACCUCUGUGUCCAUCAUCUGGGGAGCAUUCAUGCAGUCAUUCAAGAUCCGAGAGUGUCGAAGUGAACAUCAAUGCUGAGAUUUCGCACUACGAAAUACCUCGAUUUGACAGCCCUGUUGGAACUAUUUCCACAUUGGCUGGUAGGUUAUACCAAAAGCCACAGAAAGAAACAGUUUUCGGAGCCAGUCCUCCACCAGAGGGUGAGAUUCACUAUGUUCACGGUUUCAAUAUGUCUGAAACUCGGGAACGAAAGGUUAGUCUGUGUGAUGUUCAGUUGGAUGUACAAGACACAGAAGUUUGAAAGACGCACGCCAUAUCAGUUUGACAUAAUCUCCUCUUCCGAACUAUUCGAUAUUGUAUAGCAUUGUACCUCACCAGUUGUACAAGUUUUAGUUUCUAUACGUACUGAUGAUGAAAUAAUGCUGUAGAUCGAGCGUGUCUAUAGUAUCUAUAAAAUCGGCUAUUCCUAUUGUUCUAUUGUUCUUUAGUAAGGAAUACAACACAUGUUAUAUGUUCGG